UUGCUUCCUCGAAUACCCACGUACCUCAACAUGUCGAAACUGAGUGUUUCGAAAGAUUUUAUUGAGGAUUUCAUCCGUGCCGAGAAUACCUUCCUUUAUCAGGUUGUGUUUGAUCCUCGGAAAAGAUGUCAGCGACCACUAACACCGUAUCCUCAAAACGAUAACAACCAGGAGACAGAUCAGGGUGAUUUGGUCAAAUCUAGCGGAGGAUUUUCCAAUGAUAACUACUUUUCUCAAGCAGGUGAAAUAGUGCCAUCCGAACUCGCAGUGCGACUUGCUCUAGGAAAUCAGGUGGAUCAGUCAGAAGGUACUGACAAAUUCUGUUUGCCUCCUAUUGUUCCUGAGUGGUCCAUCUGGCACGAAAGCUUUGAGAACAGCGGUAACCGAAAAAGGCAUUUGGAAGAAGGCAAGGGAGAAAAAGAGGGGUGCGGAGCAGAUUUCCAGGAGCACUCAUCACCCUAUUCGACUGGUCGUGAGGAUGCAGGUCAAUGUUCUAUAAUGAAUUAA